GAAGUUUAGGCAGAUAUGAAAGCGAAAGUAACCCUGAGGCCAGCAGAGCGGCAGUUCCGCGUCUUUUCAGAUCUCUUCCCCACCCUCUGCCUGUCCAGCGGGUCCGGGACUGUGUCCGGGUCCGGGUCCGGGUCCGAGCUAACAGGGUGCGCUCUCCUGGGCCAGCUAGCUAUCUCCGCAGCUCCCACAAGGGCCGACCUCCGGUGUUGGUGAUGCCGAGUGUUUCAGCUGAACUGCCUAUUCAUCUUCAAGCCAUCAUGAGCUCUAAGAAACGCAGGUCACAGAAAGUCUCAUUCAAUGCAAGGAAUAAUAUGAAAAUUGAGCACUAUUUUCAGGUCAAUAAAGAACAAGAGAAUAAUCCCAGUAUUCCUCAAAUGAAGACGGGCUCCAGAAAAGGCCCAAGUGAUAUAACUAAUACUCAGGCUCAAGGACCCAUAGACCAGGCUAUAUCCAGAGAUAAAGUACUUUACAUUACCUUGGAAGUACACCACAGGAAAAACAAAAAAAGGAAACACAGGCUCACACAUAAUGAGAGGGCUAGCUUAUCCGUGGCACUUGACACUCUUCAGGCUGUCAAAGAAGAGAGAGAACGACAGCAAGGCAAAGAAGUGCUGGUGAAGGGCAUAGAAGGAAUUGAAGGCUACAUAAACCUUGGAAUGCCCCUCAGUUGUUUUCCUGAAAACUGCCACCUGGAAAUUACAUUUGCCCGGAGUAAACGUAAGCAGAAAGAAGAGAACCAGGUAUUUGGCCGGCAUGACAAGGCAUCUGUUGACUGUGUCAAAUUUUUUAUCCAUGCAAUUGGGAAGAAGAGAAAAAAGAUUGUCAAAUGCGGGGAACUUCACAAAGAAGGGUGCAAACUCUGCGUCUAUGCUUUCAAAGGAGAAACCGUCAAGGAUGCUGUGUGCAAGGACAGCAGAUUUCUUCCCUUUCUGGAGACUGCUGAUUGGAGACUCAUUGAAAACCUGGACUCCAUUGUAGAAAGCACACAGCGAGUUGAUGACUUAGAGGGCAAGCUCUUUCAGGUUGAGGUUGAGAAAAAGGGGGGCUCUAAGGUAGCAGCCACUCAGAAUUUUGAUUCGGCAGCCUCUCAGAAUUCGGAGUUGGAGGAAAGAAACACCUGUCUGUUAAAAGAAGAAAUUGUGGCCCAGUGCCCUAGUUUGAAAAGAGAAACUGAAAAAAUUAGAGAAAGCUUCAAAAGGGAAUUGAAAACAAGAACGGGGAAAGCAAUAUUUGAGGCUCAUAAAACGAACUUUGGGAAACGGGCAAAAAACUCUAUCCCGGUUAAAACACUCAAAAUUCUUUCUCAUCAUAGUGCUUCAGUUGGGCACAUAGAAUGGGACAACAAUGGGAAUAUGGGUUGUGCCACCUGCUUUGUUUUUACAGGGUUGUUCAUUUUUACUUGUCGGCAUGUAAUAAAUUACAUUGUGGGAAAUGGAAUAGAGCUAAGUAAGUGGGCAGACAUAAUUGGUCAAUGUGUAAAGGUGACAUUUGGUUACGAAGAUAGACAAGAAAAAAAUGAGUAUUUUUCCGUUGAACCUUGGUUUGAGAUAUCUGAUGUACAUCUUGAUUAUGCUGUUCUGAAACUGAAGGACGAUGGACAACAAGUACCUGUUGGACUAUAUAACGGAAUUGGUCCUGCUCCAUCUAGUGGGUUGAUAUAUAUUAUUGGCUAUCCAGGAAAUGAGGUAAAGUCUACUGAUGGUUGUGUUGUAAUUCCUCAGGGUCAGCGAGUACAGAAAUUUCAGGAACAUUUUCAGGCUGGGGGUAAUGAUGACAACAUACAGUAUAUCCAUAUGUACACUCAAAGAAGUUUCCAGGAAAUUGGUCCCAACCCUGAUGUGGUUACCUAUGACACCAGUUUUUACUUUGGGUCUUCUGGCUCACCAGUGUUUGAUUCAAAUGGUUCAUUGGUGGCCAUGCAUACUGCUGGCUUUCGUAAUCUCUACACGCGUGAAUAUUCCAGUAUCAUUGAGUUUGGCUCCAUUAUGAAAUCCAUCCUCCAUAAUAUUAAACAAAAUUAUGGAACAUGGUAUGAAAAAUUAUGCAUAACUCAGCAGGAAGUAGAAAUGGGGUGUGUUGAGGAGGGAGAACAGUGAGAAAUCAGUCUGUUUCUGAGCUUUAAGAGAAUUACCUAUGGAAUGUAAUUCCACAGGCGAUGGUAGUUUUCUAAACUCCAAAAUGGUUAAUUUCAUCAAUAAUAAUAAUAAUAAUUUGUAUAAUUGACCACUUUCUAUGCACCAAGCAUUUUUCUAAGCACACGAAGAAACAAGUUGUAACAAUUCUAUGAGUUUGGCUAUUAUAUCCGUAUUUUAAAGUAAAGCAAUGUGAAGAAUGAUAAGAUUAAGUGAUAAUUAUGUUUAGGGCACUAGAACUAGUAUAACCAUUGUGGUUUUUUCCACCUCCCAUAUCUCUUCCCUAAGUUCAAUUGCUUGAAGGCAGGAUCUAACACCUGUUCAUCUCAUUAUCCCCAAAGUCUGGCACAUAGAAAGUAAGUGAUUAGAAAAUGUGUGGCCGAAACCGUAGCAAAACUUAGGGCUCCAGUUAAUCUUUUUUUUUUCCUAAUUGAUUUUUAUUGUUGAGAGUUGCCAGGGUGUUUCUCCCUGCAUCUAAAAGAGUUCAGAAGCCAUGGCCUGCUUGGCUCAGUGGAUAGAGUGCUGGCCUGCGGACUGAAGGGUCCCAGGUUCAAUUUUGGUCAAGGGCAAAUGCCCAGGUUGUGGGCUCUAUCCCAAUUAGGGGCCUUGCAGGAGACAGCCGAUCAAUGAUUAUCUGUCAUCAUUGAUGUUUCUAUCUCUCCCUCUCUCUUCCUUCCUGAACUCAAUAAAAAUGUAUUUAAAAAUAAAUAAAUAAAAGCGUUCAGGACUCUGUAGAAGGGGCUGCAUGUAAAUUAAUAAAGAGACUAGAAAUAUAAAUUUGGAUGGCAUUUUGGGAAACCAGAGGAGACCUAGCUUCAGUAGCCAAGAUCUCUGAAUCUCUGGACCCCUAGCUCUUUAUUAACACAAAUUUCCCUAAAGCAAAGCAGAUACA